AUGGGAAGCAAAACCAUUGUCUCAAUGAUCUUAGUUGUAUGCCUUUGUGCUGCAACUUUUGUCACUCAAGGAGCAGCUCAAGUGAAACUCCCUCCACUGAGUCCUGGGCUCUUCCCUCCCGGUUCACCUAUUGAUCUGGUAAAAUGUUGGACGUCUCUUUUCAACGUUGAAGGAUGUGUGCUUCAGAUCUCCAAAUCAAUUUUCUCUGGCAAGUUUGAAAACGUCGAAGGUGCAUGUUGCAAAGCGUUUUCGACCGUGGAUGCAAACUGUUGGCCUCAUAUGUUUCCGUUAAACCCAUUCUUCCCACCUCUCCUCAAGGACAACUGUGCACGCAUCAACUCUAACUCACCCACACACACUUGA